CCCAGGUUAGCCCCCUCAGUCCUCAAGAUUCGUUUGAUCAGUCGUUGGCUGCUGAGAUGAAUCGUUACUUCCUUCUCCUCCUCCUGGUCUCCGUAUGCGGGUUCCAGUCAGUGGCUUCCGAAAAGGAUCAAAAUGAAGUAGUUAAAGAAAAGGCUGAAGACGAGCUGAAAGAUUCCAAGAAGAACCUGAUGGAAGAGGCAGAAGAGGAAGAAGAAGAAGAAGAAGAUGACGAGGAAGAAGAAAUGAACAAUAUGGAAGCCAAAGACCUCUCCGCCAACCUCCCCUUUCAUCCAGUGAAUGACGUCUCAAGCCCGCUGUUGCAGAGCUCCUCGUCAGGAGUCGAAGACCAUCCUGCAGUAACCGAAAAUGCCUGCGAUAUUACCAGGGUUACUGGGCAGCUCAAUGCAACGGUGCCAACUACCGAGCUGUUGCUUAUUGUGCCAAGACUGGCAAGUGGUGUUGCGCUCGGUGCGAGCCCAAGAAAUGGUGUACUGACAAGGGCGGCUUUUGUUCAAUUAAUUGCCCUGCCAACCAUGACAGUUUUAAAAGUGGAUGCUUCGGCAAGUGGAAGUGCUGUGUACCCUGGUCGUAGAUUGUGACUUGAGGCUCUUUGAUGGAUAGUUGAGGAUGAACUGGCUUUUCCUAAGGAGGACAGUAUCAUGGCGUUGACGACCCUAGAAAUUCAGGACUCUCCCAGCUUUUUUUAAUUAUUUCUACAUUUUGCCAAGUACCCAGCAUGAAAAGAAAAAAAAAAAUGAAAAAAAAGUAAUAUAUGUCCAUCAAAGUGUCUGAUGCUAAUGAGACCUAAAAGAUAACAGGUUGGUGAAGUGAUAAUAACCUAACCUUGAUCAGAGUUUCGUAAACGUAACCAUUACAACAACAAUCUCAAAUAUAUUUCUCGUGUUAGUUUCCACUCCACUGAUUACCUAACCUUUUUUUUGUUAAGAUAUAAUCUUUACAUUUCAUUAUGCCUUUGCAAUUGGUAAACAUCUCUGAUAAAGGCUUACUCGUAUUAAAGCACUGAAAUUCUGAUGGCUCGAAGCAUAUUUUAAUUUGUUAUUAACACACUUUACACAAGUGGGACAUGUAGGCGUAUACUUGUUCAAAUACAAAGCACUGCAGAUUAUAA